UACGUCACAGGACGUGGGCGGGGCUUUAAUAUUUAUUCCACAUGUUUUGAAGACGGAACCAAAAGUACUGUGUGAUACCUUGCAGUACUGUGUGGUACCUUGUAGUACUGCUGAAGAUGCUGAGUGAUCAGGAAGCGGCAGAGCUGCUCUCCUUCCUGUCAGCUGACACCCGAACUGAUGUCAAAGGUCAGGUGACACAGUGCAUCCUGGGACUGUCAGCACACAGCGACGGCUGCCGCUACCUUCGCUCUAAGCCUGACUUACUUGCAGCCCUGGUGGCUCUGACCUCUGACCAGUCUGUUGCCAUAGUUAAGGACUGUUACCACAUCCUCAUCAAUCUGUCAGCUGAUGAGACGCUGCAUCAGGUGUUGGUGACAGAUGUCAAAGUACUUUCAGUUUUACUAAAGAACCUUCUGAAUCCAGAGUACCUGUUCUCAGAUCAGAUCUGCACCAUUUUGUCCAACCUGACCCGUCACGAGAAGACCUGCAGAACCAUAUUCAAGGUCCUACAGGACGAGGUGUGUCUGUCCCAGCUGGUGGACAUGUUCUGCAUGGAGAGUUACAACAAGAAGGCAGCCCUUCACUACCUGGGUCCUCUGCUGUCCAACCUGACUCAGCUGCCUGAAGCCAGAAGCUAUGUGAUGGACAGAGACAGGUGUGUUGUUCAGAGGUUGUUGCCGUACACACAGUUCCAGGCAUCGACAGUCAGGAGGGGAGGAGUCGUUGGCGUCCUGCGGAACUGCUGCUUUGACUACGUUCAUCACGAGUGGUUGCUAAGCGACGAUGUGGACAUCCUGCCCUUCCUCCUGCUGCCACUUGCUGGUCCAGAAGAGCUGACAGAUGAAGAAAAUGAAGGUCUGCCGGUGGACCUGCAGUACCUCCCAGAGGACAAGAAGAGAGAAGACGACCCAGACAUCAGAAAGAUGCUGCUGGAAACGCUUUUAUUGCUGACUGCGACCAAAUUUGGCCGACAGACACUCAAACAGAAGAAUGUUUAUUCUAUCCUGAGAGAGUUCCACCACUGGGAGAAGGACGUCUACGUUACAGCAGUUUGUGAAAAACUUAUUCAGGUGCUGAUCGGAGACGAGCCGGAGCAGGGCAUGGAGAACCUGAUGGAGGUGAAGAUUCCUGAGGACGUAGAGGAGAAGCUGAAGGAGGCUGAUGCUAAAGAACAGGAGGAGCUGGAGAGGGAGGACAAGAGGAGUAGUCAGGUGGAGAAGAGGAGUCAGGAGGAGGUGGAGAGAGAGCAUGAGAGGAGUCAGGAUGAGGAGGGGUAGGAGGAAGUGAUGAAAAGAGUAUACAUUGUAGGAGAUGAAAUCUCAGCUUCAGGUUCAAUGGCUCACAUGUGAUACAGUUAAAUAAUCUUUUUAUUACUAUUAUUCAUGAUAUUGGAAAGAAAAAUGACUUAAUCCUCAGAGUAUCUGUGCACAGCCACAGUGAUUGAUCUUUAAGCUCCGCCUCCUUCCUACAGCAAUAACAUUCCGCACUCUAACGAUAAUCCACUAAUGCAUAUAUGUUUUUACACAGAAUUUAUCAUCCGGUUUGCUGAUAAUCUGUCAUCAAACUGUAAGGUCUCCACUGUCCUUUAGAGGGCGCCAUACACACGUCAUGGCUGAUGGAUCACGCAUGGAUUCUGUUCAUGUAACUCUUAAAACAUGAUUGACACUUUACACCUGGCUGUCAGAGGACUCUGCUGAUUGGCUGCUCGUCCUUAACGUGUGUGUGUGUGUGUGUGUGUGUGUGUGUGUGUGUGUGUGUGUGUGUGUGUGUGUGUGUGUGGGUGUGGGUGUGGGUGGGGGGUAGUUUGAUAGUUUCUUUUGUUGUGCAGCACCAAGUGUCAAACUGUUUCCUGCUGAUAACUCAUUUCCUGCUUAUGCUUUACAAUAAAAGCAUUUUAGUGGCGAGA